AUGGCCACGCUCGGGGGAAACGCAAAGAAACACAAGGUCACGGUGGUUGGCUCGGGAAACUGGGGUUCGACCAUUGCCAAGGUGGUCGCGGAAAACACAAGAGAGAAUCCCAACCUUUUUGAGCCCAUUGUCCAGAUGUGGGUCUAUGAAGAAGAAGUAUCGAUUCCAAAAUCCUCGAAGCACUACGACGCCAGCUCGGAACUUUGCAGCAAGCCGCAGCCACUCUCACAAUUGGUGAACCAGUUACAUGAGAAUAUAAAAUACCUGCCGAACAUCGCUCUCCCCGAGAAUGUUGUCGCCAACCCUUCGAUCGAGGACGCAGUGAAGGAUUCCUCCAUCCUGAUCUUUAACCUGCCUCAUCAAUUCAUCCCUAAAAUCUGCCGGUUAUUGGGGGGCAAAAUACUGCCGUUUGCACGGGGGAUCUCAUGUAUCAAGGGCGUCGAAGUAUCCGAAAGUGGAAUUCGCCUUCUCAGCGAUCAAAUUGGAGAGGAAUUGGGCAUAUAUUGCGGAGCAUUAUCUGGAGCCAACAUCGCUACGGAAAUCGCAAUGGAGAAGUACUCUGAGACGACGGUUGCUUACGAUCCUCCAGCCAUGGACUCGCGACAGCCCUCGCCUUCAGGCUCGCCAUCAACUUCGCAAGUGAAUCUGGUGACGACCGAUCUCGGUGAUUUGCAUUCAGCGACCUCGAAGCAAGCUCAGCCGUCCAAAACGAAACUGCAAGCCCUCCCUGCCGACUAUCCCCCUCUCACGCACGAAACGAUGAAGAAACUGUUCCACCGACCGUACUUCCACGUCCGUCUGGUAUCGGACACCGCUGGCGUCAGUCUCGGGGGUGCGCUAAAGAACAUCAUCGCUCUCGCAGCUGGCUUUGUGGAUGGACUAGGUUGGGGCGACAAUGCGAAAGCUGCCGUCAUGCGCGUCGGCAUCCUUGAAAUGGUGAGGUUUGGCCAAGCCUUCUUUUCUACAACCCACCACACUCGGGCAACGACUUUCACCGAAGAAUCAUGCGGGGUUGCCGAUGUGGUGACUAGCUGCAUGGGCGGGCGAAACUUCCGAUGCGCGAAGAUGGCGCUCGAACGGGGAAUGACUGUGGAAGAGAUUGAGGAGAAGGAGUUGAACGGUCAGAAACUCCAGGGGAUCAGUACCGCGAGAGAAGUCAACGCGUUCCUGAAAUCGCAAGGAAUGGAAGCCGAUUUCCCACUCUUCACGGCAGUCUACAAUAUCCUUGAGGGUAAGAUAAAGCCGCAGCAGAUCCCUGAUCUAAUCGAACCGAAAGAUACCUAA